UCUCGUGCUGCUUCUUCGCAUUUCCUUCACCUGUCCGGGCGGCGUGUGAGUGUGCCCGUUGGUUGGUGGAAAGGCGGAACGAAAACCGUCCGUCGUGUGUGGAGUUGCUUAUGUUUUCGCGUUUUUCGUGUUCGCGAUCGCCGUGCUCCGCAGUUGCCAGUUGCGUGGUUGGUAGGGUUUUCUGUAGAGUUUGCCCCCGAUCGUCACGAUCGCCGCAGCUACCAGAGGUGUUUUUCAUCCCGUGUGUGUGUACGUUAGGUGUGCGUGUGUGCCCUUUUUUUUUGAGUCGACAGUGAAUGUUCUGGUGUUUUGGUGCCCCUGGAGAAAUUUCACUUGAGAAAAUGUGUACGAUUAAAGUGCAGCAUCCGAAAAAGAACUGACAGGCUUGCGUUUUUUCCUACGUGACACAAGCCAGAAGAAAACCACCCUAAUGCCCUCCCGCGGGGUGAAGACGAUCGUAAAGAAAGCAUAACAAAGGAAGGAAGCAAGAAAGAAAGCAAAAACAAAAGUGUCCAAGUGUGCGGUGCUGGCGAUUACGAUUCGCCCGAAAUGUCGAAAGUGGUGCUGUAGAUCAUCUCACUUCUUUCCGAUCUCCUCCGAAGCGGACGAUAAACAAAAAAACAAAAGCUAAAAUAAAAGCGCACCAUUUCCCGGCCACCAUCAGCAUAAGAAGAAGAAUCUAAAGUGCCGUAUUUCGUGCGUGCGUUGCGUGCGUACCACAUUCUCUUCUGGUCCGCUCGUGCGCGGGGUCGAGGGAAGGAAAAAAAAAAUAAGAGAAUCCGUUUCGACAUGAUCGUCGUCAUGGCCAUCGGCAUUAGGUUGUGAUUCCCGACCGUCGGUGGAGCUUCUUCCCGCGGGGAAGAGAACCGAAAAAAACAAAACAAACAUUUACGUUACCUCGAUCCUCAACCUCCCACACCCCCCUCCCGUGCCUUUUAAUCCUUGAGGUUUUAGGGGUGAAUUAAGAAAGUGAAAAUAUCAUCCGGCGCUUUCGGUGUCACAACGUGGUGCCGAGUGGUUUGAUCAAGAGGAAAAAAAAAGAAAAAACAAAUCCCAUCGAGAAAACACCUCUUUUAAAAUCACACAUUUGUACGCUGUGACGUACGGCUCUAAUCUGACACUAAUCUUUCGAACUUCAUUGUUGUGACUGCGUUUCGUUAUCUAAUUUCUUCCGACCAAAGAGCCAUGAAGUUUCUGAAAGAUUGUCACACUGGCCACCCCGGGUGAUACGGUGCCGCCCGUCCUGUGGCGUUCCCGUCGAAAAGCCGGACUGCACUUGCGCAGCAUAGAGGAGCCCCAAAGCAGGAUGCCCACCGAGCAGGGGGGCACAGUGGGGCUCGAUACUACGUUGGGCUCUCGUUCUGGUGUCCCCCUGCCGCUACAGCUAGCACCGCACAGCAACCACCACAGCAACAACCACCACCAGCACCAUCACCAUUUCCAUCACCAUCCGCAGGCGGGCCAACAGCAGCAGCAGCAACAGCAACAGCAGCAGCCCGUCCAGCACCUCCACCACCUGCACCACCACUACGCGGGCGGAGGGGCCGGAGGCAGUGGCGGUAGCGGAUGCAGCGGCGCCACCGGCUACGAUGCCGAGUUCGCGCGCAUGGAAUCGUGGCUGGACGAGAACCCGGAGUUCGUGCAGGACUACUUCAUCCGCAAGGCGACGCGCCACAUGGUGGACGGGUGGCUCGUGUCCCACGCCACCCCGGUGACCUCGGGCGGUUCGGCCAACAGCAACAGCAACAGCGGCAACAGCACCAGCGUCGACUCGCCCACCCACGGUCCGCCGAACCAGCCGAGCUCGUCGCGUGCCGGUUCCGGCGCCACCACUCCCGUCAGAAAAAUAUCCGCCCAUGAGUUCGAGCGCGGCGGUUUGCUUAAGCCCAUCGUCAACACAAUCGACGGCACGCCGACCUUCCUGAGCAUAAGCCCGCAAAAUGAGUCCGCCAACUCCGGGAUGGUGCAGUGCUGCCCGAACGGGGUCGCCUACUGCGGGGCCAACCUGCGGCCACUCCGUCUUUCGCGCAACGAACUCAAGCAGCUGGAUGAGCGUGAGCUUAUAUUCGAGCUGGUGAAGGAUAUCUGCAACGAUCUGGAUGUGCGCUCGCUGUGCCACAAGAUUCUUCAAAAUGUGUCAAUUCUGCUGAACGCCGACCGUGGCUCGCUGUUUCUGGUGCAGGGCAAGAGCACCUGCGGUGGCGAUAAUACCAAAAAAUGCUUAGUGUCCAAACUGUUCGACGUGUGCUCCAACAGUACGCUUGCGGAGAUGGAGCAGCAGGACGAGGUGAAGGUGGCCUGGGGGACGGGCAUCGCCGGACACGUGGCCGAAAGCGGAGAACCUGUAAAUAUACCGGAUGCUUACCAGGAUGACCGUUUCAACCGGGAAAUCGAUGUACAAACUGGCUAUCGUACAAAAGCGUUGCUCUGCAUGCCCAUCAAGGAUGCCUCCGGGGACGUCGUCGGGGUGGCGCAAGUGAUAAACAAACAGGGUGAUCAAUGUUUUACCACGGCGGAUGAAAAGAUAUUUUCGUCGUACCUUCAGUUCUGCGGCAUCGGACUCCGGAAUGCGCAGCUGUACGAGAAGUCCCAGCUCGAGGUAAAGCGCAACCAGGUGCUGCUCGAUCUCGCCCGGAUGAUCUUCGAGGAGCAGAGCACGAUCGAGCACAUGGUGUUCCGGAUACUGACCCACAUGCAGAGCUUAAUACAAUGCCAAAGAGUGCAAAUCCUACUGGUGCACGAAGCGUCGAAGGGUAGCUUCUCGCGCGUGUUCGAUUUCGAAGCCAACGAUCUCAGCGGGGAGGACGGUGAUGCUCGCACGAGCCCGUUCGAGUCCCGAUUUCCGAUCAACGUCGGAAUCACUGGCUACGUGGCCACCACCGGAGAAACUGUAAAUAUCUGUAACGCGUACGAGGACGACCGGUUCGAUCCGAGCGUCGACGAGGGGCUCAACUUCCGCCACAAAACCAUCCUCUGCAUGGCUAUCAAGAACUCGUUAAGUCAAAUUAUAGGUGUUAUACAGCUGAUCAAUAAGUUUGAUGAUCUUACUUUUACCAAAAACGAUGAAAACUUCGUCGAAGCGUUUGCCAUUUUCUGCGGCAUGGGAAUCCACAACACGCACAUGUACGAGAAGGCAAUCAUUGCCAUGGCAAAGCAGAGCGUCACGUUGGAAGUCCUGAGCUAUCACGCCUCGGCAACCAUCGACGAUGCGUACCGGUUACGGCAACUGAAAGUGCCAUCGUCGGCGUUCUUCAAACUGCACGACUUCAAAUUCGACGACCUGUCGCUAGACGACGACCACACGCUGAAGGCGUGCAUACGGAUGUUCCUCGACCUGGACCUGGUGGAGCGGUUCCACAUCGAGUACGAGGUCCUGUGCCGGUGGCUGCUGAGCGUGAAGAAAAACUACCGCAACGUGACGUACCACAACUGGCGGCACGCGUUCAACGUGACGCAGAUGAUGUUCGCCAUACUCACGUCGACCCAGUGGUGGAAGAUUUUCGGUGAGAUCGAGUGUCUGGCGUUGAUCAUCGCUUGUCUGUGUCACGAUCUAGAUCACCGUGGGACCAACAAUUCAUUUCAAAUCAAAGCGUCAUCACCACUGGCUCAACUUUACUCCACCUCGACGAUGGAGCAUCACCAUUUCGACCAGUGCUUGAUGAUCAUCAACAGCCCCGGCAAUCAGAUACUGUCCAACAUGUCGUCCGAGGACUACAGCCGGGUAAUACGGGUGCUAGAAGAUGCCAUACUGUCGACCGAUUUGGCCGUUUACUUUAGGAAACGGGGAGCCUUUUUGAGCUUAAUCGAACCGAACCGAGGGGAAAUGAACGCAUGGCAAGCGGAGGAGCCGCGGUCCCUUCUGCGCGCAAUGAGCAUGACCGUCUGCGAUCUGGCCGCCAUCACGAAGCCGUGGGAGAUCGAAAAGCGCGUCGCCGAUCUGGUGAGCUCGGAGUUUUUCGAGCAGGGCGAUAUGGAACGGCAGGAGCUGAACAUCACACCGAUUGAUAUCAUGAACCGAGAGAAGGAAGAUCAAUUGCCGAUGAUGCAAGUGGGCUUUAUUGACUCAAUCUGUAUUCCAAUCUACGAGGCAUUCGCUUCCCUGUCGGAAAAACUGAAUCCCUUAAUCGAGGGCGUACUGGAGAACAAGGAGCACUGGCUCGAGUUGGCCCAGUCGGCGAAGGAAGCGUACGCGAACAACAACAACACGAGCGAAAACAAUAACAACAACCACCUAAAGCACCACCAACAUAACCAACACCACAACCACCACAACCACUGUACGGAGCACGGCGAGAAGGCCAACAACAAGCAGCCGGAGGACGGAGGGGACUGUCCGACCCCAAAGCGCAACUCGCUCGGAUCACCCACAAGUAAUGGAACCACGAGUAAGCUUUCCCCUCCACUCGAUUGUACUGAUAAUGGUCACCACCAUAGUAUAGAUAUCGGCGGUCACGACCCGACCAGUACCACCGGUUGCACCAAGAACAUAAAGGAAAAGAUCGUCGGACGGGUCGGGGUCGAUCUCGCCUCCUCGCCACCGUACGGAGAGAAGCUAUCCUACCUGGUCGGCCAGAAGGGCAACGGAUGGGUGCAGGGUGACAAGGUGCGGCUCAUACGACUGUCGUCUUCCGAUGGCAAAACGAGCGAACUGUUGCUACUGACCGACGAUCAGCGGCAGGAACAACCGAAGUCUCCACAACAGCGGGACGAGACGGAACUGUUGGAGUAACAACAAGAACUCGCCGGAGGGUCGAGUGUUUCGAACUUUUUAACUACUAAGCAACACCAAUUCCAGAUGUGAUUUCCGGAUCCCUUUUACCACUUCCUGCACAAUUCAUUUUUGUUAAGAAAAACUGACUAUUUGAACAGAACGUUACUAUAGGGUAGACAGAAGCACUUAGAUUCCACGAUUAAAACUAGUCCCAAAAUAGUUCCCAGCAUAUUCCUGCUCUCUCUCUCUCUCUCCUUCCCUUACCUCUCUCAUAUACCUUCGCCUUCCGGUUGGCCGCGGGAUGUUGUGAAAAAUAUCCUCGGUACACGCAGAGAUAUCAUCAGCCCAUCCGAAUGACCAUGUUUUUCGCUUUUAAGAUCGCAUAUUUAUCAUCCACGUAUUGUAUACUUUCUAGUGUUAAUAAUGUAAUGUGUAAAUAGAAUAUUCUAAAUAGGCAA